AUGGAGUGUAAAAACGUCCUAUUACUUUUCGUUUUUCAAAGUAUUACUGCUUUUUCAACUGAAGAAAAAUCCAUAUCAGCUUCUCAUUCAUCAUAUUUUGAAACGCACGGAAACAAGCAGCUUUUGGGAUAUGUUGUCAAAAGGUUUGAUUCUCCCAGUUUGUUAUCGUGCGGUCAUGAAUGUCUGCGAAAUUCGUGGUGUACCUCCACGAACUUCAGGUUAGGUUCUUCCAUGGAGGAAGACGAAGGGAUUUGUGAAUUGAACAAGCAUAACAUCUCUGUGAUUAACGACGACACCCACUUUGCUGAACAGGAGGGAAUAACUUUCUCAAUUCUACUAAAGGGAUGUCUUAUUGAAAUUUGCCUCAACGGUGGUUCUUGCUUGCCUAACGAGAACAAACAAACUUUUUCAUGCUUUUGCGAAAAACAUUGGACAGGAGACAGAUGUGAAAUUAAGACAGCUGCCUUAUGGAACUCGUCUUGCAAGGGAAUCUAUAACAAGAAUUUGGGCAUACAAAACAAAGCCUAUUUAUUGCAAAUUGGUAAUCAGAGCAUUUGGGUGUACUGUCACAUGAAAGGGCUUGGCAGAUGCGAUGGAAAUGGUUGGACGCUGGUCAUGAAGAUGAAUGGCUCAAAGAGGACGUUCCAUUACGAUUCCAACCUGUGGAUCAACAAGGAUACCCUUAAUCUUGAAGGAGGGAAGUCUGGGUUCGACUUACAAGAGACCAAAUUACCGACUUAUUGGAACACACCAUUCACCAAAAUCUGUCUUGGUAUGAAGAUCGACGGUCACAUUAGGUACGUAGCCAUUGCGAGGCAGGCGAAGUCUCUCUACUCACUGAUCGCUGAUGGCGAAUACCGUGCAACCUCAUUGGGUCGUGACACGUGGAAGUGGCUGAUUGGUUCUAAGGUUUCAUUGCAGCCCAAUUGCAACAAAGAAGGAUUUAAUGUAAAACAAACGUCUGAAAACAGGGGUAACCUGAUUUGGCCCAAAGCAAGGAUUGGAAUUCUGGGUAACGGCCAAAAUAGCUGCGCUACCUGUGAUUCUAGAAUUGGGUUUGGUUCUGGAGGACAUGGCGACGAUAAUAACACAUGUGGCAACGAAGCUGCCAGAAAUAGCGGUGACACGCAUAUCAAAGCGAUGGGAUAUAUCUUGGUCCAAUGA